CUCUUGGCUAAUUGCAGUACUAGAUAGAGUUUUCUUGAAAACCCGAGAGUUUUAGAGAGAGAAAGAGAGCUUUAGAGAGAGAAUAUGGAGAAAUCAGCGAUGGAGGCAUUCGAGAAGCUAGAGAAGGUCGGAGAGGGAACGUACGGGAAGGUAUACAGAGCCAGAGAGAAGGCUACGGGGAAGAUCGUGGCCUUGAAGAAGACAAGACUCCACGAGGACGAUGAAGGAGUCCCUCCCACCACUCUCCGUGAGGUCUCUUUGUUGCGAAUGCUUUCUAGGGAUCCCCAUGUCGUCAGAUUGAUGGAUGUCAAACAAGGACAGAACAAAGAAGGAAGGACUGUUCUCUACUUGGUUUUUGAGUACAUGGACACUGACCUCAAGAAAUAUAUUCGAAGUUUCCGUCAAACUGGGGAGAACAUUCCCACCAAUACUGUCAAGAGCUUGAUGUACCAACUUUGCAAGGGUGUUGCAUUCUGCCACGGUCAUGGUGUCUUACACCGGGACCUCAAGCCUCACAAUCUUCUGAUGGACCGAAAGACAAUGAUGCUUAAAAUAGCAGAUCUUGGGUUGGCUCGAGCGUUUACCUUGCCUAUUAAGAAGUACACUCAUGAGAUAUUGACUCUUUGGUAUAGAUCUCCUGAGGUUCUCUUGGGUGCUACCCAUUACUCGACAGCAGUUGACAUGUGGUCUGUUGGCUGCAUAUUUGCUGAGCUAGUCACAAAGACAGCACUCUUUCCUGGAGACUCUGAACUGCAGCAGCUUCUGCACAUUUUCAGGUUGUUGGGUACUCCAAAUGAAGAAGUUUGGCCAGGAGUAAGCAAGCUAACAAACUGGCAUGAAUAUCCCCAAUGGAGCCCUCAGAAGUUGUCAUCAGCUGUCCCUAAUCUGGACGAAGACGGGCUAGACUUGCUAUUGAAGAUGUUGCAGUAUGAGCCCUCAAAGAGAAUUUCGGCAAAGAAAGCUAUGGAACACCCUUAUUUUGAUGAUGUGAACAAGAAGGCCCUCUGAAAGAAAUACUUUGACCCUUGAGCUGAAUCAGCAAGUAGUUGGACUAGGUUUUUUAACUCAAGUUUUCUGUGGUGAAUUUUAUUUGCUUCCCUCAAGCAUUAGCUUUCAGUGGUGUAAAAAUGUUUCAGGUUGAUGAUCACCUUUCAUCUAAAACUUUAAUGACUAUUUUGAGAAGGGAAAUUGAAAAAUUUUAUAGUGUUCUUUUUUUUCUCUUCA